AUAGAAGUGAGACGGUAGUUGGUGCGCAGUUUGCGUUUUGGUGGCAGCCAGACUAGAAGCUAGCUACCCUUCAUUCCUAUCAAAUGGCAGCCUCUCGCCGUUAGUGCGCUAGAAGAACACAAGUGACACUUCGUUCGGACAAACAACCCCGGGAAGAUGCGGAUCUUACGUUCGUGAAUUCGUAAGGAAAACAGAAGAGGAUAAAGAAGGAUUAGUUAUCUAAACAGAGAUCGUUCUUGUGAGAUAAAAUUGUUGACCUCACUGGAAAUCCUCCGUGAUGCCAGAGGUACGGGACCUGUCGGACGCACUGCCUGAGUUACCCAUGGAUCCCAUUACCGGGGUCGGAGUUGUCGCCUCCCGAAACAGGGCGCCCACUGGAUAUGAUGUGGUUGCCCAGACAACAGACGGGAUGGACGCAGACCUGUGGAAGGACGGCCUGUUCAAGUCCAAAGUGACGCGCUACCUAUGCUUCACCCGCGUCUUCUCCAAAGAGAAUAGUCAUUUAGGUAAUGUUCUGGUGGACAUGAAGCUGAUUGACAUGAAGGACACGCUGCCUGUGGGCUUCAUCCCCAUCCAGGAGACGAUAGACACCCAGGAGCAGGCGUUCAGGAAGAGGAGGCUGUGCAUCAAGUUCAUCCCGCGGGACUCUACGGAGGCAGCCAUCUGUGAUGUGCGCAUCCUGGGCCGCUCCAAGCAGGCCCCGCCCCAGUACACCUUCAUCGGGGAGCUGAACAACAUGGGCAUCUGGUACCGCAUGGGCAAGGUGCCCCGGGCGGAGGACUCGUCUCCCGUGCUCAGCAACAACACCAAUACCAACGUGCAGCCCGUCACCACCAACUCCACUCCCGCGCCUGUCAUGCCCAAGCAUAUAUCCAUGACCCUGCCAGCCAGCUUCAGGAAGAGCACCACCAGGCCCGACUACGAGCACCAGAACUCCAACCUCUACGCCAUCUCAGCGAUGGAUGGAGUGCCCUUCAUGAUCUCGGACAAGUUUGCUUGCGCCUCCAGUGAUCUGCAGCAGGUGGAUCUGAUGGGCAUCAACAUAAAGUCUCUCGCAGAGAUCGAGAAGGAGUACGAGUAUAGUUUCCGUAUUGAGCACAGUGCAGCGGCCCGGCUGCCCCCCAGCCCCACGCGGACCACCAUGGGAGGCUCAGAGGCAUGAGGAGGGUCAACCUCCACCCCAUCAACACACAGUCACCUACUCUACACCCACCCAUGACCACCCCCCAAUCCCCUCCACUGAGCCCCCCCCCCAAGCCUCCUGGAGGUUAGAAGACAAAGGGAGGAGGACGAACUACUGAGACUGAGCCCCAUGGAAGGAGUGAGGUGAAGAGGCCACUUGUUUGGUCUUCUCCUGCAGCCUGUUGGUCCUCUCCCAUCUUCUCGCUCAUAACUUUGCCCCCCUCUCUCUCUCCCUCAGCAAAUGAAAAAAACAUGAAGGUGAGCCUGGAAUUGAAUGAGCAGAGGGCAUGCUCUUUUUUAUUAUUUCACUUUCACUUGGACUUGGAAUGAAAGGAUACCCCUUCCCAGUUCACCUCCUGACCCUGAAAAAAGUAAUUUAGCAGACUGAUUGCUCAAGUUGUGGUGUCAACUGGCAGAGAGAGUUCUUUUUAGUCCUGGGCUGCCAGUUUAUUCUGUGGGAAGAGGGGAGCGGAGGAAUGAGGCAGCAGACUUUCUCAAGUGCUGUUUUUUUGCUGAAACCACUAAAUGGCACCAUCAAGCUUUUAAAAGGGAUCGCUGAGAUGCCUCAGCUUGCUGGAAGACCUCCGACCGAGGAAGCCUUUCGAGCUGAAGGUGGAACAUGUCAACACAGACACGCAGUCACAUUUCGUGUACAUGGCGUGUACACUUGCACACUACACUCCCAAGUUCAGUGCAGACUGUUAAAACACACACACAUGCACUCCUUCCCAACUUUAACCCAGUUGACUCCACGUGGCUUGGGUUUGCUCGGAAACAAACACCUGGUCCUCCAUUGUGAUGUCAUAAUGUGGAAACUCUGGUUGCCACGGGAGACGGGCAUUUUCUCACACUCUGUCGCUCCACAAAAUGGCCAUGAAUAUUGACACAUAUUCCAGGCCCACGAUGUCUUGUGCUUGCGUUGCUGACCACUGUUCUGCAGAAGGGGAAAAAGAAGCAGGCCUGAGAGGGAAUGAAUUUGUGGGAUAUAGCGCCCUCCUCUGGCUAACUUUCACACUACCACUUUCCUGUUUAGCUAUCAACGCCUUUGGGCACCUUCGCACAUACUCUUCAGAUUCAUUUUAAAGGAAAAAAAUGCUUACAUGACCCCCCCCCCCCACUUGUAUUGUCUUGAAUGCAUCAUGGAUGAGUAUUGCUUUGAGAUGUUUAUUAUUGUUAUUAUUAUUUUUUUUUGUCUUUGUUUUAGGUCAAAUACAGUAGUUAUCUGUUUGAGUGCACUAGAUUCAUUUCCCCCCUUUGGUCCAGGUUAUGGUCCAGACCAAGACUGUUCUCAUGCUCUUGGUUGGCCUGCCUGAUUGAUUGACCCUAAAAACACAAAUACAACCACUAAUAGACUGGAUCACUCAUUGAGCAGCAGACGCUGGGUGGAACUCUAAAGCCAUGAGUGAUGGUCUCUCGCGUGAGCCAUGUUUCAUCGUGCCAACUGAUGGCAUUCUUCAAUGUGUUUAUCUAUUCUGUUUACUAUCAUUCAAGAAGUCUAUGGUCCACCUUGCUUACAGAAUUCACAUGACUUCAUUUUUAAUGAAGUGUCUAAUUUUUAUGAAGCUUAUAUUUGUGUGUGUGUGUGUGUAUGUGAGUGAAUGAAUGAGUGGGGUUUGUGAGAGUGCAUGUGUGUAGGUAGUCGCAAUAUGUAGGAUUUUAAUGUUUUAAAUGCAACAUGAGAGAUUCUUCACAGUAUUGAGUUUGCUUGUUCGUAAAGAGGUAACAAAUGUUUUUAUUUGUCUUUCAUUGUUUUGAACAAAUGUGGGAAUCUUUAAUGGCCUCUGCUCCACUGACUGUACUGUACAAAAAAAAAGGAACAGUGUUGAGAAAGUUGUAAUCGGCUUGUGACUUCAAAUGCCCCAAGUUAAGUGUUGUCAUGUCCCUGUGUAGUCCAUGUCAAAAAUGACAGGACGAGUCCUUUAAGGUCAAAAGCCGAUAGUCACACUUUGUGAACUGUACCCUCACCAUAUCAACUCGAUAAGCUCUCUGUAGAAGUCUAACACCAGCCCAUGUUGUUUGACGUUUUUGAAAAGGAGACUAAUUUGAGUGAAUCUCUGCCCUAAAUGAUUGUUCCCUGACCUCAGACUCAGCUUUACCUGUUGUCACUUACCCUCAGUGUCUUUUCCUGUCAGCGCACCUUUUGAAACGCACUAACUGCUUUGCUCUGUGGUACUGUAGGUUCAGCCCCUUGUUUGUUACACCCAAGAAUCUCUGGUUGGUGCAGUGUUGUCUUAAACGGGCGGCCACCCCAAAACUCAGGUGACGUUUUGUCUUGUUAGGAUACACCAAGUGCUGAUGCUCGCCCAAUUUCUGUCUAAAAACGCGAGCCAUUCAAAACAAAGAACACAAAAAACCCACACUGUGAGGCUUUAAAUACUCCCGAACCACUCUCAAGGGCAUGGGGUGUGUGAACAAUGGCCAUCGUGAGCGCUUUCCUUCAGAUCAGGACUAUUAGCCUUUUUUAACCUGUGACUUCACCGAGCUUCAUUGUAGAACCACUUAACUUCUUGAUCUGUACGCACAUGACCACGUCUGAUCGGCCUCAUCAUGCGCCACUUGCUUAAGCUACAAACAAAGGUGUUUGCAUGUGAAGUUGUGUCUGUGUGGGCAGGUGGUGGUGUGUGGAAAAAGUGUUGUGACAGAGCGGCAGGUACAGUGCCCUCCAUAAUUAUUGGCACCCCUGGUUGAGAUGUGUUAAAAGCCUUAAAAUAAAUUCAGUGUUUAUUGCAGAAGAAUACUGUCACACUGAAAAUUGUAGGAAAAUGUAGCCUUCAACUCAAAUGAAUUGUAAGAAAAUAAAAAAAUCCCUGACUAAAAAAUAAUUAUUUUUCAUUAAAUCACCUGUUCCACAAUUAUUGGCACCCUUAACAAUUCCCAGGAAAUAAAUAUAAUUGAAGCAUUUCUGUCAUUUCUACAGUAGUUUACAAAGUUUACCAGAGUAUGUAGGAACAUUUAAUUAGUAAUUCAUCACUUCCUGUUUCCCUGGGGUAUAAAUAUGACGUGAC